AUGUCUUCACAUUCGAAAGAUGGCUCAGCCGUGGGCAAAGUGCAACCACAGCCACCAAUUGCACUCAUCAGCGGCCACACAGACCUUAGCCCCUCCGGUUUCACCACACACUAUGUCCCACAUAUCAACACAGCGCUAGAUACCGGGCACAGGUUCAUCCUCGGCGACGCUGCGGGAACUGACACCUUUGCCCUUGCGUACCUGUUGUCAGCUCCCGUCCUCGCGGCUCAUCCGAACAUUGUCUCGCGGAUCACCGUCUAUCCGUCGCGGCGGCAUAACAUCGCCGCCCUUCGGGCACAGGGUCUACGCGUCAUUGCGCCCGAUCAUCCAAGUCUGAAAGUCGAGCGCACGGUUGGCGUGGUGGGCAAAAAGGGCCCGGAUGCGAGACGAUGGCACCACAUCCAGAGGGAUGCGAACAUGACGGCUGCAAGCGAUUAUGACAUUCUGUUCGUGAGGUCAGAGGAGGAGUCUAGGCGCUUGUAUGGGGAGAAGUACAGGGCGAGGAUGAGCGCGACCGAGUUGAACAGGAGAAGGAGAGAAGAGUUGAAACACAUGUGCGGGGGACAGGCCACGGCCAAUUCGGAGAACAAUGGCAAGUCCUGGUGA